AUCUAUUAUUAGUCACAGAUUGACGACCUCACAUGUGAAUUACAACAAAAAAGCAGGAACCACUAUCAAUGUAACCUUCAGUCGUUUGAGUGACCCAUCAGAAAUCGAAACUCUGGAGUCUUCGAUUGACUGCUUUCCCAAACCUUCAAAAACUUGACGUAACUCGUUGAAAGAAGACGACGUGAGAAUUGUCCAUCACAUGAAUAUACACAUCCCACCAACCCUCUCCGCUCCCAAAUCUCAAGCCAAGACCCGAAACUUCUGUGCCUCUCAGCCGCACCUCACAGCCCCCUCAUCUCAGUGGAUGAUAGAGUACGUGAUGCGCGAGUCCGCGACCGUGUUCUCCUUAAUUGUUGUCGCGAGCAAGACUUCUGUCACAGAUCAAAUUGCUCUUUAACUCCUCUGCUGCCAUUCUGGCUUUCCAUUCCUUCAUCACAACUUCGCAACGAAUUACACAGUACACCAAGAAAACCAACAACAUGCUCCACCGCAACGUCCGAGGUGGCCAGCCUUCUCCAUACCCACGAUGGCCAUUCCAUGGUCUAAGAGCUGCUCAAUUGUUCUCUUCCAUCACUGUUAGCAGUAUAAUGACCUAUUUUAUGCAUUUUCUACGUACGUAUCCUCCCUCCCCUUACCCACCUAGAAACUCAAAACUCGAAACAGAGAGCUCGUGCAGAUGAAAUAUAUCGGCUAACGAAUAAAACACAGACGCUGCAAAAUUCCAAAUCCCAUGGACAUUCAUCGUUCUCCUCGCUGUCUCGGUAGCGACCGUCAUCUCCCUCGCCAUCACGAUUUUCCUGUAUAAUUUCCGCUUCCUGUCGCCGAGGUAUAAUAUGCUUACCAAUGGUGCGAUAUCUUGUGAGUUCUACCAGUAUAGUGCAAGUUUCUGAAAAAGAAUAAAAAAGGAAGUGAAGCUGAUUGACGCUAAAUAGUGGGCUGGGCGAUGGGCUUUGGAAUGCUCUCCUGGUCGAUUAGCACCUCGAAUGUUUUGGGCAAGACGUGCUCGAAGAAGGUGUGGAAUGAUAGCGAUGCUGCGGUUAGUGUUUGUAGAGACUAUAAGGCGCUAUGGGCUAUGACGCUUAUUGGAACGUGAGGAGCCCUUGAUCCACUUCUCCUUUUCCUGCUCCUUCUUCAUUAGACUAACUAACAAAUAACCGAAAACAGAAUCGCAACCCUCGCGGCCCUCGCUCUAGAUAUAAGAACAUGGAACAAGACCUACAGUCGUGGAAAAUACGCGUUGCCGGAGGAUGAUAAGGAAGCGAGGAAGUUGAAGGAUUUAUCGAUGGCUACGGGUAGUGAACGGAAAUAUGAAACGCUGAGGAAACCGGGAACGGCUGUGAACUCAGCGGGUUCUGUGAUGCCUUUUCAGCAUGAGGAGAUGGAUAUUGGGUAUCAUACUGGUUAUGGACAGGAGGUUGAGCCACAUGGUCCGUUGAUGAGAUAGUGGGAUUGAGGAGUUUUUGAAGGAUUAUGUGAUGGUAGAGGAAGGAAGAAUGGGAUAUAAGAUGCGAAAAUAUGAGGUUGGUGGGAGAUAAUUCAGGAGGUAGGAGAUCUGUACUGGGAAAUAUUUUGUUUCUGUUUGGAAUGGGGCGUGAGGAUAUGCUG